AUGACAAUUGCAUUAGUUAUUUUGUGGCAUACUAAAUUAAAACCAUUUCGAGAUUAUGCUGUAGUUAUUGAUGCUGGUUCAUCUUAUUCAAAAAUUUUUGUUUAUUCAUGGUCUACAGAUAAAUCAGGUGGACUUGGAACAACAUCACGAAUUAAACAAGUUAAAUCAUGUUCUGUCUCUCAUGAACCUAUUACAACAAUUGUAAAUGCAACACAAGAUAAUGUUAAAAACUAUUUUGAUUCAGCUAUGACUACUUGCAUCAGCAGUAUUCCAUCAACACGAAAAAGUCGAGCAUUAAUCUUUCUUGGUGCAACAGCUGGUCUUCGUUUAUUGAAUAUUACAGAUCCAGCAUAUAUUACUCUUUUAUUGAAUAGCACUCGUACAUAUUUUAGUACUCUUAAACUUCGAUUUCGUGAUCCUAUAAAUCAAGUACGUAUCAUAAGUGGUAGCGAAGAAGGUUUGUCUGGAUGGAUAUCAACAAAUAUUCUACUAAAAGAACUGUUUAAUAAAAGCAAACCAUUAGACACCUUUGGUGUCCUGGAUAUGGGUGGUGCUAGUACUCAAUUAAGUUUUAUAGCUCCUAAGGCAACUAAAGAGCGAUAUCGAAUGAAUCUAUUUGAUAGAAACUAUGAUGUAUAUUCUCAUUCAUAUUUAUGUUAUGGGCAAGACCAAGCACGUCUAGUUCAUCAAGGAAGAUUAGUAGAACAAGCUAAUGGAUCUUUGUCUAUACAUGAUCCAUGUUUACAACGUGAUUAUAUUGAAAAUAAGACUUAUAAUGAUUUGUUCAGUACAGCUUGUGCUCAUGGACAAAAUGAAUCUUCUGUAUAUCUUAAUACAUCAUCAAUAUUCUCAUUUAUAGGUACUGGUGAUUAUAAAGAAUGUAAAAGAAUUAUGAAAGAACGUUUUAAUAAUUCAUCAUGUUCUUCAUCAACUUGUAGUUUCAAUAAUGUCUAUCAACCAGUACCUAUUUCUUCAUCUAUAAAAUUUGUCGCUAUGGCAGCAUGGUACUCGACAUUUAGUAGAUUAGCUCCAAAUGUAUCUAUAAAACCUAAUCACGAUGGUAAUUAUAAUUUUACUUCUAUUAAGUUAACAGAUAUCAAACAUACUAUCAAAGCAAUAUGUAAACAAUCAUGGUCACAUGUACAUAAACCAGAUAAACACAGAUCAUGUAAAUAA